GAGGUAUAGGACUACUUCCAGGCUCCCAGCAUGAUAUAUCGUCAUCGUUUUUGAUUUUGUGAUCUCCUUUUCCCAUGUCGGCCCCCACUCGCAGUCCACUGACUAUUGUUCAGACCGUCGUCGAGUUGUACUAGAAGUAGAUGAGGACAGCACUGAUCAAAUUUCGAAUUCGGUAUUGAUAUUGAAUUGCAUAGCUUACUGCUUGGCAUACGAUUAGGAGUAGGUGUACAGAUGGUUCGUGAUUAAGUUCUUGGUUCAUUUUCAUUAUAUUACGAACAGAAGGACUACGACAGCGACAUGCGACAGGCACACAAAAGUACCACAAAGGAAGAAUGCUCGGAGCGCUAUAGUCCAAGUCGUGUUGUUUCUUUUUGCACUGAUAUGCCGAUUUCUGCGCGAGGAGUAAGUGGAGUCAACUUGAGGGUCCUGCCAAAGGCGCGCCGACUUCGCCACACCACAUUGCAGCUGCAAUAGAAGCGGACCUCCUAGUUUUUUAGUGCGAGUGGCACCGUGCUUCGGGUGCACCAGGACCAGCGCGUAAAUACGCUCUACCUCUAGCACACGUCGCCUACCGAUUCCGGCAAGCAUCAGGACAGUCUUGCUGUAGCGAUCGAAGAGUGCCUUCGCCUUUUUUGGCGCUCCGACACAGGAAGAGGAUGAGCAUGAGUUCUUCUACUUGCUAAGCCUCUGCCUGCACCUUCAGGCGCUGUGUACAGCUUUAGCACUUGACGCUCACGCUCGUCGUGCUGUUCGGAAAGAUCCGCCGGGAGCGCCAGGAUGGUCGCACCGGCGAAAAUACCUGGCACGGGCGGUGUGCCCGCACCGCCGGCUGACCUUGCGCCAUGCGGACACUCAAUAGAAGACCAAAUCCGCCUGCACUACUUCACGCCGGCGCCAACGGCUUACAAUCCAAGCGUAAUCUCUUCUUGUGUUAUUAGGUGAAUAAUAGAUCUGUAAUUUUCUUCAUCCUUCGAGCACUGACUUUCCUGCUCAGUGACUUUUCCUUCUCGCGGACUCCUUAGACCUCUCGGAAAUAGUACAACGAAGAGUAUCAAUCAACAACUAGGUCCCAUCGAAGAGGCGGCAACUCGACAACGGGCUGAUAAAGGAGGGCUUACAUGCCAGUCCGGCAAAAGAUGAGGGUCCAGGCCCAGGGCAAUAUUCGGCAUUUAUUUACGAAGCUGGGGACAUACCGCUUCCGCAGGGUGGAAGGAUAUACCUCAAAGACAAAGAGAAGGUACUCUUGAUCCUUUCAGCAUUCAUAAGUACUCAGUUACCAAGCAGUAGAGAGGUAGGGAACUCUGUUUCUUUUCGCCGAGUUGUAAGUUCAUUUUUGCGAAAUAUAUAUCAUCCACUGAUGAAUAUUUUUCCGCAUUUCAUCCAACAUCGCGACUUAAUUCGAAGUAAAUUCCUUUAUGAUCAGCACAACUACAGGUCCUACAAUCCAAGGGCGUGAUAGGGCCUAAGCUAGCGGCUCGAAUGUUGAAGGAGUAUGCAGGCUCGAAGUUUCCGGAUCCGGGUACCUAUUUCCCGGAAGUGAAAGGCGUUCGACCAAAUUACAUCAAGCUCACAAAAUUCGGGAAGAACCCAAGGUUUCCGCGCUCAUUUCGCAAGGAGGAGGGUCCUGGAGUUGGGCGAUACGACGUCAUGGAAAGUCUAGAAUUUUUAGACCCAUUUCUGCCAGACGGGGGGAAAGGAGUGUUAAAUCAGGUAUCCAUACGUGAACUGAUUUGUCCUUUGAUGUGUCCUACUUUGUUUUAACGGUAUUUUUAGAUUAAGUACUAAAAAGAUUGAAGAUUGAUUUUGAUGCAAAAGCAAAUGUUCGAUAAUCGAUCCGAACAACAUAAUUUAUUAGGAGCUUUACCACUAGUGCAUUGGCGCGACCGGCAUCCUUGAUCAUAAAAAUGAAACAAAAACUUCAGCCAAAACUUCCAACGUACUUUGACGAGGCGAGCCAAGUGACGCAAGACGUUCCCGGACCUGGCGCUUACAGUCCGAAGAUGCUUCCAGGUAUUAUUUGCCUUUUGGUUAUGACCAACUGCAACUGCUGGCUUUUAUCUAUCCUCCGCAUCAGAACCAGAAGAUGAAGUAGAUACAAGUAUUCUUAGUAUCAUGUAUAUCUAUAACUAUAUGCAUAAUUAUAUGCAUAAUUAUGUCCUCGAAAAGUUUUUACAUCCAGAUCAAGAAAAUCUCAGCCCGGAAAGACUUCUCGCAAGAAAUGGUACAUCAUACGACUGAGACGAUGGAGGAAUCGAAAGCGCUUGUGAAGAAGAACACUUCUGUCGAAGCGCCUGGGCCAGGUCGUUAUUCGUUACCCGAAUUGCCACCAUUGCACGACGCGCCGAAGAUAACCGGUCGGGCACUGCCUCACUCCAUGCCGCGGCCGUUCGCCUACAAUUCACAGCCUGACAUGACGCGGAAAUUUCAGCCUGUGAGAAACCAGAAUAGCGGAGACCUUAUUUUUGGCAGAAAUUUCAAAGGAGGUAAUUCAUUUUUUUUUCCCUCUUGUACUAUCCACUUUGUUUCGAUCAUGAUUUGGCUUUCUCUGAUGAAAAAUAGAAGGCAAAAAAUGCGUAAGUAGGUACUGCAGUAUGAAUUAGCAUGUGCCUACUACAAAAGCGAUCGAUUCGAGUACCUGCAGCUCGUCGUCCACUCAUUCCAGGUCAGCAGAUGAUCAGAAACUAUCCUGGUGCAUCCACAGUGGGUGCAGGCGCAACCAGUUCCACGGUGCUGGCUCAUGAGUCUACUUCGUCAACGCUCUCACAGAUGAGGCCGCCAGGCGGUCAAGCAUCGACCUACACCCAACGACAGCACGAAAUCGCCCGGCAGAAGCGGCAGAAAGAGAUGGAAGCCGAGCAGAUCGUGUUAGACGAAUUUAGGAUAGCGAAGAAGGAUAAGGAACUAUCAGAAAAACCAGGACAGUCGAAGUGGGUAGAAGGAGGAUGCGAGGUGUUUGAGGUAGAGCCGCUCUUUGACAACAACGGGAAUGCCAUAGCAAAAUCACCAGGGCGAGCAGCCGGCAGUCCACCACCAGAUGGAAGUCCCAAGGUACAAAAAUAGACGAGCAGUUUCUGAUCACGGAGGAGUUGAUAUCAUUUAUUUUUCUUUGCGGUUCCUUCGUGCUACAGCCACUGCUCCACUGGUGAUCAUGACUUUUUGAUUUACUUAGUACAGGAAGCUCGUAAUUUCUCGCACUGUUCUCUCCGCUUCAAAACGGAUUGUCUUUUGCCAUCCAUUUCCAAUUCCAUCGUCGUUUUCCUGCUGAUAAUUCCUUCAUUGAUUUUUUUGACUAUUGUAAAUUUCUCUUCUUCGGUUCAAGCGUAAUUUAGGUAAAUAGAAUGUUGGCGACGAGAGAUGUGUUCCACCAAUUCGUUGCGACGGGUUUACCUUUCGUUCAAGUAAACAGGGAACGACUCACUGGGUCACACGAGUGACGAGAUGAAUGUGAAUGCAAAUCGACUCGUUGAUGUUCUCCCAUCGCCUCGUCGAUGGUUUUCUAACAGCUACAACUCAAUCUUGACAAAUCCUCAUGUGCGAGACUUUCUUCUCAGUUCGCGGUAGCUGGAGCUCCGCAAGACAAGUUUCUGUGUAAUAAAGUUCGUAUGCAGCUGAGACCUCACUCAGCUGAUAACUCGAUUGAACAACGACAGCAUCGGUGUUCUCAGUUGCCUCAGAUCAUAACUAAAUGAGUCCACAAUCUCAAGCAGGAAGCUGAGAAUUUCAAUGGUAGCGGAGAGUGGUUGCGAUAACCGCCGGUAAGUGGAUCAGAGGCAACUGAGCAAUAAUUAAGUCGAGUAAAGUCAGGAUGAACAAAUAUGGGCCAGAAGACGGACUGUCCCGCGAACACUACAAUCAUUUACGACGACGCGGCCGAGCCGAGUUCUUCAAGGGCGUACAAGGAGACUUGAAGAAGAAAGGCAGCGUGCUGAUUGUAGAGGAAGACCAGAAGCUCCUGAGUUACGAGCAGAUUGAAAGUCUUGACGCCAAACGACGUAAGAAGUACUUCAAGAGUCCUGAGCUCUUUAUGCACAACCUAGUAAGAAUUGGUGGCAGGAAGCGCACGCCUGAGGCAGAACGACUACAGGCUAUUCGAGUGGUUGCGCCAGACAUUGAGAAAGCACUUGGCAAUGCAGGACACUACUCGUCGACUGACGGAAGUCACAAUACAAUCAUCGAAUUGCGUAACACUUCACAUCCGUCCUCUUCCUCAAACGUUACAGCAAUCCAAUCCGCACAAGAAGCGACAACAUGUCACUACAAUGGAAACUAUAGUAGAGGCGGAGGAGAAGGAAGAAGAGGAGACGGAGGACGAGCACAGCUCGUCAACAAGUAGUGUAAGAUCACUAGGAGAAAGCACUGGAGACGUGUGCCUGUCACGUCUGUCGGAGGAGUCAGGCUCGGAAUUAGAAGAAGUUCAACAUCCAGUCGAUCGUCAAGAGAGUUUAAUCCAAGCAAGAAAGGAAGGAUGGACGGAUCUUGGAGAAGCAGAUACUGCCAGUGAACUACAGGAAGAGGGAGAGCAGAAGAGGAAACAGUUCAACAAAGGACUCGCUGCUUUUGAGUUCCCAGAACAAGCACUAGUAGAAAGGAGAAUAAAAAGUUGGAAGCAGAGUCUAAAGGGAAAAGAAGACCCACUACUACUUCCUCUGCCCAAGCAGAUUAUGAUCUACGACUAUGCAGGAAUUGUUGUGGCUCUUGGAAAAGGUGAUGAGGUUUUGCCUUGGUCUAGAUUCUCGCAGAUCUUACAGCAGUACAACGGUGGCGACGGAGUAGGCAGAGCGGUUUUCUCGUUUCCGACGUGGGAAUUAAACUGUAUUAGAAGUGGGAAUGGUCCACCCUCCAAGUUAGAGCGACUAGCUGUACUUAACGCGGAUGCUCGACUGGAACGCCUUGUGCAGCUACUCUCUACAACGAAAGGUCACGAUCUGUUCUGGGACGGAGGGCGAGUGCUGGUAGAAGCGGUACUAAAGAAUCUAUCCGACCGGCAAAGGUUCUUGAAGGCUGAAAAGAAGAACAACGAAUGGGGUAACAGGAAUGGGAGGGUCCAUCAACGUAAUGCCGUCAUCGAUCAUCUCUUGCUCUAUUGAGCUACUCAGGGUUGCAUGUACUCAGCCGAAUUUUGAAUGCCCAUGCCUUAGCCCAAACCCAAGAAGUGCUCAGUGUGAAGUAACAAUAUUUACCAACUGAAAGAGACAAGAAGUCUGAAAGAGACAAGAAGUAACCGUUUCUUGGUCGUACCCAACACCUAGCGUAGGCAUUAGUUUAAGAGGCAGGAAACCCCCUCAGGAGAAACCUUUUUCAUGUUUUGUAACGUGAACAAACAGACUACCAGACUCCUACAGCUAGAACUGUAGCGCAGAACACGAAGUGGUGGACAGACUAAUUUAGUCCACCAGUGCGAACAGAGUCUUCGUCUAGUGUCGUUGCUAAAGUUCGGCACGGUGUUGAAAUUCCGAAUUUAUAAAGCUCUCUUCUUUGUGACGCAAUAACACGACCAAAGGUCUCAGCGUCACCAUCUAGAUGUCCGUGCGACACCAUAAGACGAAUUUGAAAGAAUUAGGAAUGAAAACCAGGAGUUGACAUCUCAUGGUCAUCACUGGCACAUAGCAAGAGUCUCUAUUUGGACUAAAGUAGGAGUACCACUCUGUUCCGUCCAGUCCAAACACAGCUGAAGAAUUCCUCUGAGGUGAAGGUUCCUGCUGGACGUUGAGCAUUGUUGAUUCAUCAUCAGACAUUCCCGCGCCGCGAGAGCGUGGAGACGGUAAAGUAGGACGCGUGCCUGUGCGUCACAUCUCUGGAAGACUUGAACGUAUAGUAGUCAUAAAUUAAGAUUAAGUGUGAAACUGGCUGAGUAGUGUGAUAGUGCUGAGCAUUCGACAUCAAAGGAAAUGGAAGUCUGUCUUGAUCAGUUUAGAUAACUCACCCCGCUAAUAACUGUGUUGUACGACAUAACUUUUGACAACGAAUAAGUAAUACCCCGACACAAUAUUGACGACUUCUUUGCAGCGAUAGUAAUACUGCAGCAUGUCCGGCUUCAAUAAUCGUGGCCGGUGGGAUCAACCCCGAUCCCGCAAUCGUGGAUGGAGAAACAAUAAUAGUCGUGGUAUGAACAACUCCGGAUACUACGCCACUACAACUGCUGGGACGAACAACGGCGGUGAACAGCGACGACAGACUCCAGACCAGGUAGUCGACCAGAGCGAAGGCCAUCUUUCAAACCAACAUCAAGGUGGAGACAGCACAACAAACAUCGACGCUGGACCUGGUAACACUUCGACGUCUGCUCCUAAUAACUUCACAGAGCAAGUCAACCGCGCGAAAGGUGCAGUGAUUGGCGAGAUUAAGCGUGUGGAGGAGAAGGCCAGCGAUGCCCUGGAGCGGACUGCGAUGACAGCAACGGAACUACGGGAGUUCAUCACAAAUAACGAAGCAGUUGUUCUUCAGCUACAACACAACCUGGAGGCCCAAACUAGCAAGCUAGAGGUCACUCGCGAUGCUGUCGACAACGCUUAUCAUCGCAUAGAGUCUGAGUUACGGAAACAGGGGAUUCAUGAUCAGCAGCUAGAGGGUAAGCUUGAUGAGCAGUGGAACAACAUGGAUUACCUUCGCAACUCGAUGGCUGGACUGCAAGAAAUGCUUCAACAAUUUGCAAAUGAGCUACUACAGAUGAAGAACGACAGGGAACCCGUGAUGAAUCAGGCCGAACAAUUUGAGCUGGAAAGGAGAGUGGCUGCAGAAGUGUCUCACUCAAAAGGCUUGAUGGAGGACUUCGCCGCUCGAUUUGCGUUCUUGGAGAAAGAAGUGACAAGACUACAGGACAGGAUUACGGCACGGAGUCAAAAUGCGUCAGCCAGUCUCCAUACCCCUCUUGAUACUCAUGACGUAGAUGAACUUGAAAGGCAAUGGGACGAGUCAACUCGAGGAGACAAGCCGAUUACUGGACGUGGUGCAGGUCUUACCAGUCCGAAGCUGCGUGAAUGGCAGACUAAUGCUAAUGCCUUCAGGGCAGAGCAACGGCAGAGACAAAUGAGAUUUCAUCAUCACUUCCGAGCACCAACUCGCUUUGGGCGUCUUCAUGGCAACAACAUUCCUCGCAGUCGAUGUAAUUCUGACGGUGCAUGGGAGUGGUCUAAUAUAGCCAAAGGAGAAUACUACAAUAGUGAGGGUUGGUCAGACUCCAAUGCACCGGGAGCGGGUGCCAGCGAGUAUGGUUACCGAAGCAGGGAAUACCAGCCAAGAUCGGCAAUUCCUCCGAGGCGCGGAAGAAGUGCGCAGUACUACGUGUUGACUGGCGAUGAGGAGCCCCCACGUAGUGCAACUGGUACCACAACUACAUACCAAGCUGAUACUGGGAACACUACUGGCACUGAUCACUCCGUUCCGCAUCCGGAAAGGUUAGUCAAUAACCCAUCUGCAGUUCCUGUUGCCCAACCACGUGGCACAAGGGGUAAUCAGAGGCGCCGGAAAAUUAGUAGAUCACCAACGAAGCAUGUCACUGCUGCCACAAAUAACCGCACUGGACAAGCGGAGGGUGAUCGAUCCGGGGAUGGUCGUGGUGCAACUGGUGAGAAUAGACAAACAGAAGGUCAUGGAACUCGGCCAGAAGGUCAAGGGGGUGGUGGCGCCGGCCGUGAUGGGCAUCGUCUUCGGACGGAUGGUCGAGGCGCGGACGAUAACGACGAUGACGACGAUGACGAUCGGAAAAAGAAGAAGAAAGAUAAUGGUGAACACAGUGGUGGAAACGCCGCUGAUGGACGGAAGAAGCGUAAGAAGAAGAAGAAUAAGAAGAGUAAGAAGGCUAAGAAGCAUCUUCGUAGGAAGUCGAGAGCUCGUGGAUUUGGUGGUGAGGGUCCUUCGUCCUCCAACUCAUCUUCUUCAUCAUCUUCGAGUGACCAAUCUAGUUCGGACAGUAUCGAAGGUAACCGAGGGAGUCACCGUGCCAGUCGGAGCAACAAACCGGAUCAACCAUCGUCAUCACCAUCUUCCUCAUCAACAUCCUCAAGCUCCAACUCGAGCUCAUCUUCCCCAUCUCUUUCGAGCGACAAGUCAUCUUCGGACAGCCAAGAACGGCGUGGGAGGUCGAAGAAGAAGACGAAGAAGGGAGGAAGAGGAAAGUCGAUCAAAAAGGAGACGAAGCGGCGUUAUUUCGAGAUGGAGGAAAUGUCUAUUGGCUGGGAGACUGACAUGCGCCAGGGAGGAAUGCGCGCAAACCACAGCGAGGGACAGCUACCCUAUGCUGUAGUUGAUUCUGAUGAAGAGUAUCAGCCAGAUCUCUACUCCAACAAGAGGAACAUUGGGGGUGGUGCAUACAAGUCCAGCAAGAAGCAGAAGAAGAACAUGAGCGGGAUUAUAAAAAUAGGCAAGCAUGGUGGGACCAUCACCCAACUUGAGCCUUUCCGAAUUCCUCUUCAGUCUGAAAUCGAGAGACAGGGAUAUCGCGUGCGCGGUAACCAUUUCGGUCGUCUUGAUCCAAAGAAUCUAGUAGGCUUGAGGAAGUACAACGAGGAGCGGUCCCUGUUCACGUGGAAGGCACACCUCGAGUCCAAAACGAUGAUGGCAAUGUCCAAGCCAGGUGUACUAUCAAGGGAGCAUGAGCACACUUUGGCGAAAGACUACUGGAUGGAACAAUGUCACAACGCAGAGGAGCGCCUAACAAUCUACGCUCUGAACCACAUCGAUGAUUCAGACCCAUCUACGUGGCUUAUCGAGAACUACCUUCAAUCACUACUUGAGCUUGAGCCAGAGAAGGCAAACCGAACCGCCGAAUAUAUUAAGGAGUGGUCGGUCUCUGGCGGCGGGUGGAAGAAACCAGGCGCUAACCUCUACAGGGAAGUAGUGAAGUUCGCCAACGCAGCAAAGAGCGUCGGUUUUAGUACUGAAACGAAGUACAUGUACAAGCGCGUGAAGAAGUUGGAUAAGGAUGGCAAGACGUACGUCAAGAAAAAGGAAGCCCAGCCAAACUAUCCUCUUCUUGUCUUACAUGAACUCUUCGAACGUGUCAAUGUGUCCGAGGCCAUGAAGGAGGACGUUUUGAAGUCGUCUGGAAAGCCGUUUAUCACCUUCAAAGACGUUAGAGCUUAUGCUGUUCGUCGCCAGAACAUCAAGACGGCGAAUGCACUGCUAGACAUUCGUGAUAAGCGCUUGCUUCGAAUUCACCAAUCGGAACUAGGACCGAACUCAGGGGUGUGUAGUGGUGCCGAUGGGGAUACGGAACUGGACAUCAACUCUGCAGCGUUCGACAAGUUCAAGGACAGACUGAAGCCCGCUCGCGGCAAAGAGGUCUGCUUCCACUGCGCCGAAGUCGGUCAUCUGGCCAAGGACUGCCCGGAGCGCAAGGCAGGCAAACCAGCUCGGUGCUGGGUCUGCAAGGAGGCUGGGCACAUCAAGAAGAACUGUCCUCUGCGACCUUCUGUGAACGUGCUGGCAGUGGCAAUCAGAAAACUGCGUCAAGCGCAAGGUCGUGUGCGUGGGAAAUUCGCUGGCGGGGGAGCUAGGCGUCCACGAUUCUACGGAUCAAACGUGAAGGCAAUGCUGACGAUAUACGACGCCGGUGGCUACGAAGUGCAGCAGCUCGGAGUAGAUGUUGACGACUUUGAGCCAGCAAACGUCUUCACUGGUGGCAUCUCCGAAAAGGAAACUCUACAUCUUAUUCCCGAAGAGAUGAAUGAGGACGAUGAUGAAGAUGACACCAAUGAGAAUCUUCACUGCUCGGAGGUCGGUCUAAACGGGACUCCCACCAAUCAGCCAGAAGCACAAUCUCUGUACGCGGGCGCGAUGCCAUUUACGCCGUCAUACGUAAAUGCCCCCACCAACAACAACGGUGCGUCUUCGUCGUCUUCUGCUGCAGGAGGUAGCAACAACAACAAGAACAAGAACCCUUUUUAGAGGCCCUUACUGGGUCCGCGAGUAAGGGCCCGGCGUUGAAGCGGACAACCGCCAUGCAAGUUUUCCGCAUGGAGGUGAGGAAGGGAGUGCAGAAGAUAGUAGCUCUAGCAGCACAGCAUGAUGCACUUGUGGUGAAGAAGUGGCUGGUGGAUACAGGUUUCAACGCGUACACGUUUCUUGGUGCGCUUGAGAUGAGAAGAUACCAGCAACGUUGCAGCAUAUUUGGUAUUAGUUUGAAUUUGAAGACCGUGACCUUCUCCGCGAAGACAGCAGGAGGGACAGCAAAAAUCUUGGGAAUCAUCCCCAUCAUCUUCUUUGUUCCGAUCGGAUGUCCUGUGAUCGCAGGCGCGGUAGAAGGCGUAGUGAUUGAUGACAGUACAUGGGAAAAGGAGGCCAGCAAGCUAAUCGGACUGGCUCUCCAAAUCGAUCUCAAGAUUGACAUCGUGAACUCACAAGGGAAGUUGAGAUGUGGAACGCACGUUGCGAAUCAAGUCAAGAAUCAGUACUACUUCGACCUAUGGGAUCGUCUGAACGAAAAAUUUCUGUCUGGGGUUGGUCGAAUGAUGAAGGAGGGAAGAUCGUUAACCGCGGCUGUUCGCGAGGUAGCUCUUGUUCUAGACCGUCAGCAGCGUGGGAUAAGCAGGGAAUUAACCCCGGAAUCACCUAGUCGGACAGCGCGACCAGGUGAUAACAUUUUUCAAGUCACCACUUCCUCGAGUACGAUAGGCAGCAUUUUAGAGGAAGACAUCGGUGCCGACUGGAAGGAACGAAAUUGGCACGCUUACAUCAAGUUGUACAUCGGAGCUAAGGAGAUCUCAGUGUCGUCAAGAGAAGACGACAAAGCCAAAGCACGAGUAGUUCGGGAUCUGGACAAUAUUUACCUGCGAUACAACAUUAACAACGAGUUUAGCAAUUUUAUGAAGCGCAAACGGCUUCCCGAGCUUCUGCCUCUAGAUGGCGAAGACCAUAUCAACAUCAUCGAGAUUUACUAUUUUGAAGAAGAAGCACCACAAGCAAUGCCCAUCGCGAAUUCUGACCUUAUCGGAAUACCGAUCAUCGUACACAAGAAGGAGGGCGAAGUGGUACGAAAAUUUCUCCGAGCAACAGAGACCCCAACGAGUCUCCAGACUAGGAGGCUUGUCUCUGCCGAUACGGGGCGGCAGGUGCCACUGAUCAUGCGUGGAAGAGCAGUGAGAUUUACGGUUCCUCAGAUUCUAGAGGACGCGGCGACCACGGGCCUUACCGGCUUGAGCAAGAAAGUGCAAAUUAGUAUCGCUGGGAAUCCAGAGUUUGCACACUUUUCGAAAAAGAUUGUUGACUAUCUUGCCGCCAACAAGACCGUAGUGGCGGUGAUAAGUGGAGUUGGACAUGGCGCUGCGGUCGCGUGUGCUGAGCUCAUCGGAGACGAGAUGAAGCUGAGAGAACACCGCUUGCCGGUGCACUUCUCACUGACCUCGAGUCUAGCCGCCAAUGGUGAACGAGUAACCUCGAGCGGCCGUAUCAGCAAAACAGGAGCUGGGCUAGUUUCGGAAGCACAAGAUUACUUCGACGGCAAGAGCUGGAGUAUUCCAUCCGAUCCGAGAAGGAGUAUGUCAGCCAGACAGCGGGAGCUGUUCAAUCAGCUCGCGGCUUUUUCGAAAAGACAGUACGGAAGAACUCCGAGGAAACUUCUCUCCGAUUAUGUUCGUAAACAUUUCAAGGGAGUUGAUCCUGCAGACACGAAAAAGGCAAUUGACGGCGUUGUAAGGCGAUCCCUGACGGCGUAUCGCUACACGGCGUGGCCCAUCCACAAGUCCAUUGGGUGCUGGAAUGCCGUCGACGUCGCCGCUGUAUCCAUGUUGGACACGACCUUCGCCAGUGCGAACCUGAUGAUCUCUCCCGGAGCGAUUGUGCAGAUUGUCAGGAAGGUAUCAAACGAUGCCUGGGGUGCGUACGUCGGUGACAAGAUGGCGAAGCUGAAGUACGACGGCAAGAUUGGCGAUGCCGAUGCAGUUGACGAUGACGAAUACACCAAGGAUCGAGAAUCCGGAGAGAUUCAAAAGCGCCUGGAGAAGAUGGAAAAGGAGCGCGCUGAAGCAGAGGAGAAUAGUAGUGGUAGCGGCACAGCACUCCAAGGACAACCAACAAAGAAGUCAGUACUCAUCUUUGUGGCAAAUCACCUCGACGUAAUCGGGAGAAUCCUAGUUAUGGAUCCGGGUCGCGAGAAUGUUUCUAUGGACUUGGUGCUCCUAUUACUCGGCGCAGGACUGCGUGUGAUGAUAGUGUCGGUGAACUCCGCCAGAGCUCUCUCCGAGUGCGAAGUUGCAAACCUACAUCUAAAGACGGAGCUGACUGUAAUGCAGAGGCAUCCACUGCUACGCCAUCUGCCACUAUCUGUCUUGGUGCCUUUGGCUUGUUGGGGAAGAAGGGAGAGGAACCAGUGGCGUUCCUUCCUCGAGAACGGAGAACAGUGGAGAGUGCAACCGAAGUACAGCAACCCAACAACUGAUGCUCUCCAGUGGUGGGACAUAGAAGCUGCGAAGAACAGUUUAAAUCUUCGUGCGGAGCAUCGCGAGGCCAUGCAGAUGUGCCGAAGUGCUGCGAUGCUUGAGCCGGAUCGUCAUGCAGGUCUCAAGGACAUUCGGCAGAGAGCAACAGCGGAGACCAGAGGCUUACAGCCAGGAUACGGCGAUCUUGUUGAAUGGAAGGACAAGGAUGGACGUCUACGAGCUGCUACGUUCCAGGGAUACACGGAGAACGGACAGAAGGCCAUCCUUAAGCCGACUGGCGGUACUACCAAUCGACAACUCGUUCGACGAGCUCUUGUUUUUCCUGUUGUUGACUCCGAAAGGCUUGUGUGUAUGCCGCUGACCACGGAGAUAACAACUGCUGACCUACCUCACUUAGAUCAGCUCUGUGCGGAUGCAAGAGAAGGGCGUUUGGUGCAACGAGUGCACGGAAAGAAAAGUAGUGCGAGCAGCAAACUGGCCACAUGCAUCGACUGUCAAGAAACGAGAUACGUUUGUCCCGAGUUUCCCGGAAGGAACACAAGAUGUGUGCAUCUUAAGCCAAGUGUCAUUUGUGGCGACUACUCCGACGAUGCUCUAUCACUCGGGGGCACGUGGAUUAGUGAAAAGAGGCUCGGGAACGAGUUCGCCGAGCUGCCGAUGUACAAGAACGUCGAUCCAAAUGAUGGCGAGGUAGUUGGUGAUGAGAACUUAGCUGGCGGUGAUGGAGAUGAAGAGGAGAUGAUCGAAGAAGAUCCCACAGAGGACGACUCGCCACUUGGAGUUACGUUCGGUGGAGAGGAGGUCACUGAGUUCCCAACUGAUUUCGCUGACGAAAGUGAAGGCAGCGAGGAAGGAGCAGCAGUCGACGAGGAGGACGAAAUCGAGAACGAAGAACUGCAGGUAGGGACCAAUCGUGACAGCAUAUCAGCGAACAGUGUCGAGAGCUCGAGACCAUCCAUUCUGAAGAGAAAUGGAGUCACCGGUAGCAAGGAAGAAGAACUAAGUGGACAAGGAAAUGAUAGUGGGACGAAAGAAGAGGCUGAUCAAGGUUCGAAGCCAUCCUUCUCCAGCUCGUCUGGUGCCUCUGUUGGUCGUCGGAGACGAAAAGUCCAUUUCCGAUUGCCUGCUACUGUGCCUGCAGCUCGCAGUAAGAAGAAAGGAAAGGCGGAUAAGAGGAGAGGCAUGAUUAAGCUGGACGGCAAGUGGUACAAGAUGAACUCUCUCGAGAAACACUGGAAACAGCUUGGAAUCAACAUCGUUGACAUCACGGAGAAGCAGCUGAGUACCAUGUGCGAUCAUGUUGAACACGAGGUCAUGAACAUGCAGAUAAAUGAGGCGCGUGCCUCUGUCCGCAAGACCGGGUCAUGGAAGGCGACGCAGGACAACGUGCUGGGGAUCGAGCUAGAGCACGAUAGCAGGUCCCUAGGAAGCAUCAUGAGAAGAUUGCAGGACAUCAAGGCGAAGGGCGCGCACGUCGAAACAGCAGAGUUUCAUACACUCGUAAAUUAUCUGCGCGAUGAACCCAUCGAGGGUCACUGGGUGAAGCCACGCUGGCUCUGUGACGAGAUCUCCAUUGUCUGGGGAUGUGCUGCUAGUAAGCGCUACGACAUCGAGAAUUCGUUACAUGAAGACCGUACUUGCGCCGGCUUCUACAUGGAGGAUGGCGCGCGGACGGGGUCGGUACGAUUCUGCAAGCAAUGGUCACCGAAGACGAUCGGGGCCGUGAGGUUCGAGUUCGCCAAGACAUUUGCGUCUGAGCCGGGAAGUCCGGAGAGCCGCGCGCUUUCUGUGCACAGCGAUGGCUUUACAGCAGCAAUGAGGAAACGCAUCAGGGCAGCGCGCAAACUACCGGAUAUGACCCCGGGAUCAGCCAUUUCUCAACUACGUGCGAAGCAUCACAUCGCGUACGCGAUUGCGAAAGAGUUGAAGGGAACGCUGACGCCUCAGAAUGGGGAGCUUCUGCCGAACGUUGUGAUGGAAAAGAGCAAAGACUGGCAGCGCGGUGGUCGUCUCGAGGAGGAUCUACUGUCGAGUAGGUUCAUCAUAGACGUCAAAUACGAGGAUGACUAUAAUGUGAUCAUCAAGUGCAGAUGGGCGCCUGGAGGGCAUCUGCAGGAGAAGCCUGUCGAGCGCGCGGAGAAUGCGUCGCCGACUUUAGCCCCGCUCGAGCUUCGUAUCAUGAGCUUGCUAUCUGGAGCUUUCUCCCGUUGCUUCGUGGAUUUCUUCGACGUGCCUAGAGCUUUCAAUAUAAGCGAACCGUACAAGGAGGAGGAGAUGCCUAGAAUGAAGUUCCCGAACUGUGGAGAAGGCGAAUUUGGGGAGAGCUUCAGUUUGGCACUUGAGAUUCUCAACGGCGUAGAGAAGACGAACUUCUCGAAGGAUGACAGGCUCGGGAUUCGCGUGCCGCAGUACGGACUUUUGGACGCAUCCUACGCAUUCUACGCCAAGAGCAGGGGUGAGCUAACAAAGGACAACUGCCCUCCCUGCUCUCUUUCUCCGACUGUCUACAGAGUUCUCGAUCAGCAAGGCGCGGCUAUCGCCUAUCUCGGGUCACACGUGGAUGACUUCAUCGUAAUCGGGGACGCAUCUAAGAGCGGCAUCCGGGAGAGUAUCCGUGCGCGCAUGUGUCGUGCCUUUCGUUCGCUCAAGCAGGACAACUUUGUUGCGGUUGGCGAAGAUUGGCAAGCCUUCACCGGAAAGAUGGUGAGACUGACUACGGAUGAAGAUGGCCGGCAGGCACUAGACAUCAGCUUGCAUGAGAAGAUACGAGAGGUGAACGAAUGGAAGACAGAUGAAGAAACGGCUGGAGGCACGACAUCCGAUGACAAGCGACUGCUGACGAAAACCGAAGUCACCAGGUUGAAAGGCACACGCGGCUCCACAGGGUGGAUAGCAGAGUGGGCGUGCGACUUCUUGUAUGAGCAGCGCACCCUGAGCAGCGGCAACGACGAAGACCGGAAUGUCGAGAACGCCAGGAGGAUCAAUCAUCUAGUACAAGAAAUGAAGAAGUUUCAAGAUCAAGUCUACAUUCGCCUGUGGCUGGGUAUUCGGGACCCAAUCAUCCUACAAUUCUCCGACGGCAGCUUCCAGAGCCGACCAAUCAAGAUAGAGAAGGAGGAUGGUACGAGGAUCAACAAAGGAAUGGCAGAAUUCCUCGCAGCCGACAGCGCCGAACUGGCACAAGCAAGGGAAGAUGGCAUGAGACCCAUGGUGUCAUGUGUCGUGCUUGUCUGCGAUCGAACAGAUUUGCGACGCGCAAUAGAUCGACAAGAAUCUCUUCGCACGAGUAUGCUCGACUGGUUCGUGGAAGUUGUGAACAGUGCAGCUACUGGAUCGUAUGGCGCCGAAGCUCUGGGCUAUGACAAGGCCGGGCAAAGGACCGAACGAGUGAAGCUGAAAAUAGCAGACAUGGGAAUAGUGGUCUCCGGAGGACUGAUAACAGAAGAGAUAACCAGGAAAGCAGAUGCUAUGCCGCAGCGUGACUCUGUGGAUAACUCUGGAUUGAUCGCGCGCCUCCUCACACGAUCAGCGAGUCUUGAAACUGACUCGGCGGCAUUUAAGGCUGUCGUGCGCAGCCGACAACUACUACAACGCACUGGCAAGAGUCUCAUCCACACAUCGGACCCAUCCAACAUGGCGGACACUCUCACAAAGUACUUUGCAGGAUGCAACCAAAAGCGAGCGAAGUUUCGCCGACUGAUGGGUGGCUACUUUGACUGGGUUACGGGACCAGGGGAUAAGAGGGGAGAAGGCAUCGGAGUCCUGCGCGAGUUGAAGAAGCGAGAUGUAAUCUGGGUCGGACAGGGAAGUGAAGGACGAGUAGUUGAGACGCAGCUGCUAGAAGUAUUUUUGUCGCUUUAUAUAUAAACGGGUGCUAUUUGUUGCGAUCUAGAGUUAAUUAACUUUUCCUACCCACAACUAGAGCACCAAACUUUUUUUUGUUUCCUAUCCACUUCGAGUAGAUAGAGAGGGACCUGAUGGCAACUACCCUUUUAUUUGUUUAGAUACUAACGGAUGUUUUGACAGCAAUGAUAGACUAAUCGUGUGUUAUUUGUAGUAUUUACUAUGAGACAACAUCUAAUUAUUGCUCAUCUCUCGUCGUCUUAAGACCGGGGGAUUGUAAAUUUCUCUUCUUCGGUUCAAGCGUAAUUUAGGUAAAUAGAAUGUUGGCGACGAGAGAUGUGUUCCACCAAUUCGUUGCGACGGGUUUACCUUUCGUUCAAGUAAACAGGGAACGACUCACUGGGUCACACGAGUGACGAGAUGAAUGCGAAUGCAAAUCGACUCGUUGAUGUUCUCCCAUCGCCUCGUCGAUGGUUUUCUAACAGCUACAACUCAAUCUUGACAAAUCCUCACGUGCAAGACUUUCUUCUCAGUUCGCGGUAGCUGGAGCUCCGCAAGACAAGUUUCUGUGUAAUAAAGUUCGUAUGCAGCUGAGACCUCACUCAGCUGAUAACUCGAUUGAACAACGACAACAUCGGUGUUCUCAGUUGCCUCAGAUCAUAACUAAAUGAGUCCACAAUCUCAAGCAGGAAGCUGAGAAUUUCGCUAUGAAUAUGAAUCAACGCACAGUCCGUUCGAAGCGGAGGUAGCCCACGCGUAGACCUGCUAACAGCGAAGCCCGAAGCGAUAAGAGAUGAGCACCCGGCAGUUCUUCGAGCAGCACAAAGUUAUCAGAAAAUGGGCGGAAAGUGUUAUAAACCGACGAAGGCAUUCCUCCCAAUGGCAGCGCAGAGGUAUCUACCUUCUAAUGUAUGAGGAGGUCGUGUAAAAAAUAAAAAGCAACAUUUCCUAUCAAUCAUCACAAUGCCCAUCAGCAACAUUGGAUGAAUCGACUACACCUAAUACUCAAGUGAAACAAUAGUAGCACAACCACAAUCAUAACGCUAACAUCAACAGGCCUGUCGCGUUGGAUGCGUCGGACGAUAGUAAUGUAUGCUUGAGCUUCGAUGUCGGACGAAAGGAGUACAUUGGUGUCGCGGAUGCUCUAGCAGGGGCAACAGAGGACUUGAUCCAGCAUAUGAAGAAUGAUCUCACACUAGACGAGCUACUUCAUGUGUCUGAAAACGCUUUGCGCAGUAAAGCCAGGAGGAAGAUGACCAUCGACGGCAUCAGGCCGACGGUAUUUUUUUUGACUGAACGAAAAAUAUAAGCUCAUCUCGCAUGAUAAUGAUUUUUUCGAAUCUGGUGGAGUUCCACUAAGUACUUGGUUCUGAACUUUUUUUUUAAGCAGCGGGAACAAGAAGAUGAAGACGACGCAACUUUGAGGCUCGUCUGCAAGACUCAUCAUCAUAAUGGACGAAUCAAUCUUCAUAUACAUCACCAGGUGACGAACCGAAUCUUAUCCGAAAUGCCACGUCUUUUCGAAAAACCGAGUGACGCGAAAACGCGCAAGCUUUUCGAGCUGGAAGACCAGAUUCGCGCAGCGGCAGAGGCGGAACAGCGCGAAAUAACCCGAAGAUUGUAAGAUGUCGAUUCCAUGCUUGAUCAUAACAACCUCAUCAAGCCUCUCAGACUGUACUAGAUUGUCCUCUUCUUCAACUUCACGCUCUUAGUUCAUAAUUGUUUUUCUCUUCUUGGUCUUCUUUUUCAUGAAUAUCAUCUACUUCAGAAUUUCUUUUAUCGUACAACAUCAGGCAACCUGUGGAGGAAGAGCCCGCGCGGCCGCCAAGCCAGGGGUCAAGCCGAGGUAGUCGUAGCGGAACAAGUAGAGGCGAGAAGCGACCAAAGAGUAGCGAAAAAAAGGAGAAGGCGGCAGAGCCUGAAGUGGCCAUUGUUGAGGGCGCACAUGAAGACCCGGCAAUGACGCAGGAGACGCUGCCGCAGGUGCAAACUGACGCUGCAGAAGAUGAGGCACCAGCUGCGAAUGAGGACCAGGGGUCAGGUACGCAGGGACCGCUAGAAAACGUCGACAUCGUUCCCGAAGAUGGCGCUUCUCCUGCCGGUGUAGAUGAUGAUGGAGACGAGGCUGGGGCAGAAACAGAACAAAAGGUGGCAUCCGCUAGUGGAAUUGCCGACCCGAGAGACUCACCCGCCCUUGAGGCAGACGCUGGUGAUACGGAACAUGCUAAACCUGAAGGUGAAGGGACUGGAGAGGGCGGCGAGGCAGCAGAGGAUAAGACUGACGCCCCUGAUCCUAGGUUGAGCGAAGCACCAGGCGCUGACGAUGGCCCUCCACCAGGAAAGGAUACUGGUGAAGUGCCUGCUGAGCCGCAACAGACGGGUGACGUGGAGGAACCAGAAGAAGCAGUUGCGCCAACAGUAGAACCGCAGCACGAGGUGAUGCCGCCUGGUGCGGACGAAGUGGCGACAGCAGUACUAACCGAGGUACCCACUGCGCCAGCAAGUCGGGGCACAGACGCAGUAGUACAGAGUCGUGGAACCGACGGAGGCAUUCCUCCUAGUACAACUGAUGCCGCGGCAAGUCCACGAGAGGAAGAGAAUGCAGCCUCUGAAGUAGCACCUGCACCUGCUCCUGUGGAAGAACAAGAGCAGGGCGCAGCUGGCCCAGGUACAACAGGCGCAGAAACUGUUGCCCCACUAUCAGGAGACGCCGCGGAUGCAGAUGCGGUGAAGGCAAAACCACUGGACAACGCAGCAGGUGUGGAGGGUGCUGCACCUGCCGAGGAUAAAACAGGAGAAGACACAUCCGCAAGUCAUGGAGUCGAACCAAUAGACGCUGCAGCAGUUACAAAUGACGCAGAGCCAGAAUCAGCACCUGCGGGAGAUGCGCCCGCGCCAGUGGAUCCUGGGACGACCGAGCUUGGCGACACGGAAAUGGAUGCAGACUAGAAAAAUGAAAUCCACAUCGUUGUCAAGAAAUGCACUCGCUGUAGAUCUAGAUCCAUCACUAGGACUUGAGCUAGAAAAAGAUGAUGAUGAUGUGAUGAGUGUCACUUCUAUAACAGAGUAGUUUAUAGCACGCAUGGUGCAUGGAGUAGCAUGGAGUGCAUGGAGCGCAGAGCUUUAAGGGGCGCAAGAAGCUCCCCCUUUAGCUCC